UACUUGGCUUUUAAUUUAGGAGGGCUGGAAUUCAUAAUAUCUAUUCUACUACAGUACAGAUUUGCCCGUGUGGAACAGCCUUCUCAGUUCGGCGGUGACCCGUGUGAUUACACUGACAAUGAAAGUGAAGAUUGUGUUAUAAACAGACCUUGCAGUAAGGCUCGUUGUGAAGGCUUUCUCUGUGCCACAGGCCGCUGCAUCAAUCGUAGGCUGCUUUGCAAUGGGGAUGAUGACUGUGGAGAUCAAUCAGAUGAAGCUGAUUGUAAGAAGGUAUAUCAGAGGUGCAAUCAGGUCUUGGAACAAUUUUGGGGAAUACAGAUGCUGUCAAGUGGGGUGGUGUUUUUAAUGCAUAUUUAUUCUGUUUUCAAAGGAUAUAACUUCAGAGAUGUCCAAGCUUGUACACAAAAUGGUGUUAAAGUUGGCGUAACUAUUAAAGAAGUUAGUGUAUCAGUAGGAAUAACUGCUGGAGGGUGUAAUGCCAUUUUAAAAGAAAUUGGAGAUACCACAUCAGAAAAGAAAUUUGUGGAAGACUUUAUUGCUCUUAUCCGUGGAGGGGCCAGUGAACACAUUACAGCACUUGCAAACAAGGACUUGCCCAAUGCAGAACUGAUGCAGGAGUGGGGGGAUGCUGUUCAGUACAACCCAGAGAUCAUCCGAAUGAAGGUGGAACCUCUUUACAAUUUGAUUACUGCAAAUACUUUUGCCAAUGCUGCUACACUGAAACAAAACAUGAAGCUUGCUCUCGAGGAAUUCCAUCAGGAAACAAGUAACUGUGGAUGCACUCAGUGCCAGGGCAACGGAACCCCAUUUUUGAAAGGGACUCGCUGUGAAUGCAUUUGUCCCCUAGGACACGAGGGUACUGCCUGUGAAAGAACACAAAGAACAAAUGUUCCAAUUGAUGGAAACUGGAGCUGCUGGUCCAGCUGGACCCCAAGUAGUGGAAGACAAAAAUCUAGAAGCCGGCAAUGUAACAACCCACCUCCUCAAAAUGGCGGCAGUCCUUGUCCAGGGCCAAGUCAGGAAACUACUUAAUGAUUGUGUUGAAAAGUUGUUUGGAAAGGGAACAUGCAGGUUAUGCUGAGUUUUGUUCAUAAAUCCAAACAGUUGGAUGAUGGGUUAAAUGAUAAAUAGUGCAGUCCCAUUUAGAAAUCCUUUUUCAGAUGUGGAAAUGUAUGAAUGAAAUACAAUAAACUUUAGAGCCUACAGAGGAAGGUACCACAUAUUACCUUUUGGAUUAAAAAAAUGCAUACUGUUUUAAAAUCUGUUUUAUGAAUGUUUAUUAUGCCAGUCAUGAGAGAGCUUAAGGGUGCAGAGGUACCUUGUAAUAUUAAAGGUCAUCAUUUCCCCUUCCAGCAUUAAGAAAUAUUGACCUUUUUCAGAUAGUUAAGUAAAGCAACUUCUAGCAAGAACAUAUUACUUAUUUUUCUAUCAAUGUAACAAUACAGCUUUUCUAAUAGUCACUGGAGGGUAUUUCUAGCUGCUGAGAUACCUAGGAUAAAUGAAAGCUUAAAUCUCAAUCAAAGCAGCCUCGUCAAAUAUAAACUUGAAAGCAAUGUGACAAUAAAUCCUGUUUCCCAUUUAUUGCCUAAAACGUAACUGAUUUAGCCAAUUAGGUCGGGUUUUUUUUUAAAAGAAAGAAAAUAUGGAUUGUGAACUUCUUUCAAAUACCACCGUGACCCUCUAGUUUCUUAUCUGUGUAAUAAUGAUAUGUUUAUUCAUUGCAUGAAUUCUCCCAGCAAAUUACUUUUCAGAAGUAUAUAUUCACAAGCAUUUUGGAGCGCCAUAUAAACACAAACUAAAAUUAAUGAAAUUCAUAAAGAUCAUAGGGAAAUACUUUGAAUUUGUGCACAAUAAAAUAGAUUAAUUGUU